AGAUGAACUGUGUCUCUCAAGAAGUUAGUGUCGCCGGGGGUUGGUAGCUCGUACUACCCUGGGUUGGUGAGCAACGACGACUCCAAUUCAUCCACAUAUUAGAAAAAUCAGAACCCAUAUAAACAGAUUUCAGAUCCAUCAUCCAAUACCCAACAAGAGAAACACCCAUCAGCCAAAAUGCAAGUUAAUAUCAAAGAAACUACUCCAAUUCGUCCUUCUCCUUCUCCCUUAUCUCAAGACCAUGUUCUUCCACUCUCCUCUCUCGAUAUUGACCGCAACAUGAACGUUACCUUCCGUUAUCUUCGCGUAUAUGUAAACAACGAGGCCGCCACCACCAACAACACUAAGAACCCCUUUAAUGUAAUCGCCGCCGCCCUUUCUUCCGCUCUCGUCCACUACUACCCUCUUGCCGGCACUCUCCGCCGCCGACAUGAAGACAGCCGCUUUGAGGUAUUCUGCUCCGGGGACCAAGGUGUGCCUCUCAUCAAUGCCACGGUCAACUGCACGCUGGAAUCCCUCAAUUAUCUUGAUGACCCGGACUAUGAUUUCGUGGAGCAGUUGGUGCCCGACCCGAGUCCGGAUGAUGGGCUGGUCAACCCGUGCAUACUCCAAAUCACAAUGUUUGAGUGCGGUGGGUAUACCCUGGGAGCUGCAAUACACCAUGCCUUGUGUGAUGGGCUUGGAGCCACCCAGUUUUUUAAUGUCAUGGCGGAGUUGGCUCGCGGGGCGGACCUGAUUUCGAUUGAACCGGUGUGGGACAGGACGACUUUGUUGAGCCCGAGGGACCCACCCCAGACUGAUGGAGCGAUAAGGGAGUUUUUGGGGUUGGAGAAAGGGUCUGAACCGUACGGUCAGGCGGUUGGUAAGGUUGCUAGGGCGUGUUUCAAUGUAAAGGAUGAGUGGUUGGAUCUGUUCAAGAAAGUGCUGCUUCAGAAGAGUGGCUCAAAUUUCACCACGUUUGAAGCUUUGGGUGCAUUCUUAUGGCGGGCCAAGGUCAAAGCCUCAGGAGUUGCUGGUGAUGAGGUUGUGAAGUUUACAUAUGCAAUGAAUAUACGAAGACUGGUAAAGCCACCGUUGCCUGCAGGCUACUGGGGCAAUGGCUGUGUUCCAAUGUAUGCACAGCUUCUUGCUAAAGAGCUACUAGAGCAACCCAUUUGGAAAACAGCAGAGGUGAUCAAGAAGAGUAAAAUUAAUGCCACCAAUGAAUAUGUCCGAUCAUUUGUCGACUUCCAAGAAGUGCAUUAUGCAGAUGGUAUCACAGCAGGAAACAGAGUGAGUGGAUUCACAGAUUGGAGACACCUGGGCCAUUCAACUGUGGAUUUCGGGUGGGGAGGUCCAGUUACUGUCUUGCCUCUUUCAAGGAAACUACUUGGAAGUGUUGAGCCUUGCUUUUUCUUGCCUUACUCAUCAGCAAAUGCAGGCAAGAAAGAUGGGUUCAAGGUGCUGGUGACCAUGCAAGAAACUGCCUUGCCUGCUUUCAAGAAAGAGAUGGAGAAAUUUAGCAACCAAGACUUCGAGCUGUGAAGAUUUACAUGUCAAAGUCUGAUAUUAUUGUGUCUGUAAUUUAUGCUAGAACAAAGACUAGAACUUGCAAUAUAUGCACCAGAGAAUUUGCUAAAUAAAGGGAAAAGUGAGCUAAUGGCUAAA